GAAAAAUGUGGUCUGUCUUUUUCUAAACAUGUGUUUCUCUUGCCAGGUGCGUGUGGUUCUCAAGUACAGGCAUGCUGAUGGGACUUUGUGCAUGAAAGUGACAGAUGAUGCCGUUUGUUUGGUCUAUAGAACAGAGCAAGCUCAAGACGUAAAGAAGAUUGAGAAAUUCCACAGUCAGCUCAUGCGCCUCAUGGUGGCCAAGGAGCCCCGCACUGUGGCUGUAGCGGAAGCAGACUGAGGGACGUGCUUGAAGACUGCUGUGUUUAGAAAGUAAAUAUCUUUUGGAUUUGAGUAAGUGCUGGGACAGAGGAUACUGAUGGGGCUCUUCAGUGUGUAAUUUACAGGUCCUGGAACAAGAAUGCUUUCAGUUAGAAAACCUUUAUUUUUGGAAAUUGAACAGGAUAUACUCAGAACAAUUUAUAUCAGUAAUGUGAAAAUAAAAUACCAAGAAAAGCCUACUCCUUAAA